CCCACUAUCUUGUCAUCACUCUAUCUCCGUCUUCUCCAAUACUUUGUUUUUCUCAUGUUUUCUUUUGAUUCAUAAUCCAUGUUACCAAAACCUGAAUCUGGGUUCUUCUGGACCAUCACUCUUCUAACCUAAACAAAGAAGAAAACGCCCCCAAAAAAGAAGGUUUUUUAGAAGUGGAAACAACAAUGGAGAUUGAGAGGUUUAAGUCAUUGCUUUCCCUCUGUUGCAGAGCCCGACCCACUCGUGUUUCUCUCUUGGGUGGAAAUCACACUGCUGCUAGGUUUUGCACUCGCUAGAAAAAGUUCUUCAUUUUGCUAAGCUGUUGUUUAGAUUUCGUCUCUGUUUCUGUAAUUUUCCACGAUUUUUUUUCUUGGGGAUUUCCCCCCAGAAAAUUAUGCCAUCGAGAGAUACCCUUUAGCUAAAUUCGGUUGAAUUUAGGGAAAAUUAAGCAAUUUUGGGUUUGUUUUCAGACACGGAUCAGGUUAUUUAACGACGGAGAUGGCAGGUCGGCCGCCUCGGCCGAAUCCCCACAGCUACAAUCAGCUCAAUCACUCGCAAAGUCCGAGGAUUUUGUUGAAUCCGGACACCCUUUUGGUUAUUAAGCUUCCGGAUCCGAGGUUCUUGCUUGUUCUGUCGCGUUCGUUGUUUUUAGCGACGGUGAUCAUCGCAUUCCCUUGCAUUAGGUCCGUUUUAAAAGGAUCUCCUGCUUCAGCGGUGGAGGAGCUUCAUCGGAGCUCCGGUUCCUUCAGUUUGGAGUACUGGAACUUGCUCUGGCGAGAUUUUGCCGACGAGGGUCUUGUCAAAAAAGGACAGAAAGCUCUCAUAUUGAACUCUGCCAUCGAAGGGAUCGAUGUUGUUCAUGUUGAUGAUGAUGAAGGUUCCAUGUUUAUGAACAAUGAUGGGAUCAAUGUGGUGUUCGAACCUGAUUUCGGUUCGCAAAGCUCUUUGCCGAAUGAAGGGUUCGAUUUCGUUUUCGUUUCGGGGUCGACUGAUUCCGAGUUUGUAGAUCAAUUAGUGAAAAUUGGUGGCAUUGUUGCAAUGCAAUUGGGUGAUGAAAUCUCGACGGGCUAUCAAAAGCAAUCGGAUUAUAGAAUCGUGUAUCUUAAGAAAUUUCGCUCCACCAUUGUUGCGAUGAAGAAACUCGGUCCCAAGAACCAUUUGUUCGAUUCUUCAUUGAAAAGAAAGCUUUGUGAUAUGACAAUGGAAGCUAAGAAGGCAGCAUUGAGAGGCUUAGAGGAUGCUUUAUAUGAGCCACCAAGAAAAAGUGCUGCAUACUCGAAGAAAAUCAAUUUCCUCCCCGAUUUGUUAGGCGAUUCCCUCGAACAUUACCCUCGUAGAGUGUUCAUCGAUGUCGAAUCUAACGACAACAACGACGAUGAUGAUAAGAACAUCGUGAUGAAAUGGUUCGAAAAGAACUAUCCCAAAAGGAACCAAGAAUUCGAGGUUUACGGUUCCGAAACAGUGAGUGACCGGAUCGACGUUUCGGAUUGGCUAACAAAGAAUGUAGGUGAAGAAGAUUACGUCAUGAUGAAAGCCGAAGCCGAAGUGGUGGAGAAGAUGAUAGAGAGGAAAGUGAUCGGUUUGGUGGACGAAUUGUUUUUCGAGUGCAAAAAUCAAUGGCAAGAUCAAGUGAAGAAGAAGAAUAGGAAGAACCAUAAGAGGAAGAAGAGCAAAAGGGCUUAUUGGGAAUGCUUAGCUUUGUAUGGUAAGCUUAGGGAUGGAGGAGUUGCGGUUCAUCAGUGGUGGGAAUGAGAAUUGCUUAACAAUGGAAGCCAUUGGCCAAACUCAUUGCCGCAAAAUCUGCAUCUUCUUGUGUUAAUGUGUAAUAUUAAUUAUUAAUAUUUAUGCUUAAGAGUCCAUGUGGGGGAGUUUGUAUGUAAUUUUCCCUUAAAUAAAACCAGUUCAUCUCUUUAUUUUGCAGGUGUUUGAUGUUGAUUGUUUGUUUUUUUAUGUUUCUUUUGUUUAUUAUUUUCAUGAGAAUAAGGAUUCAGG